AUGGAUAUUUUACAGUUCGUAGUCCUCGCCAUCGCCAUCUCCGCAGUGCACUGCCAGUACGGCGGCUACCACCAGGAGGCACCGCAGUACCACGAGGAGCAGUACUACGACCCUCCUCACUACCAGUUCCACUACGACGUCCGCGACGAGCACACCGGCGACAUCAAGAGCCAGCACGAGCAGAGGGAGGGGGACCACACCCAGGGAGAGUACAGCCUCGUCGAACCUGACGGCUCCUUGAGGGUGGUCAAGUACGUCGUCGAAGGAAAGUCUGGAUUCCAAGCUGAGGUCCAGAAGGAGCAUGGCAAGUACAAGCCAGCUCCCGAACCAAGCUACAGGAAGCCUGAACCAUCCUACUACAAACCUGAGCCAAGCUACUACAAACCCAGAUAUUGA